CGCACGGCAGGGACCAGACCAUUUUAAGUGUGCUGGGUGAGCUGGUUGACGGUCUGACUUGUUGAGGAAUAUCCCGAUGUGAACCGUCGUUCAGCGUCCUUGUGCGCUUAUAGCUUUAACCUCCACCGUCAUUUUGACGCUUGAGUUUGCGUGAUUGUGUUCAUUUUGCGCUUCUCCCCUGGACGUCUAGGUGGUACCUUCCCCCGUCAAAGCGCAGCACAGGGAGCGUCGACAUGGCGUCGGAGCAGGAGAGCUCGAAUGGGCCAGCGAAGAAGUCCAUGCGUGAGAAGGCCAUUGACCGGCGGACCGCCAAUAAAGAGCACAACAGCAACUUCAAAGCGGGCUAUGUGCCCAUAGAGGAGGAGAGACUGCACAAGACAGGCUUGAGGGGUCGCAAGGGCAACAUCGCCGUGUGUGUCAUCGUCCUCCUCUUCCUGCUGGCGCUCAUCAACCUCAUCAUAACUCUGGUGAUAUGGACGGUGAUCAGGAUAGGGCCUAGUGGGUGCGACAGCAUGGAGUUCCACGAGACUGGGCUGCUGCGUUUCAAGCAGAAGGCUGAUAUGGGUGUGGUACAUCCCCUGCACAAGAGCACCGUGGGAGGGAGGAAGGACCAGGACCUCGUCAUCACCGGCAACAACAACCCGGUGGUGUUUCAACAGGGCAACACCAGGCUAAGUGUGGAGAAAGGCAAGACAUCUAUCACCAGCGACCUGGGCGUGUCCUUCACAGACCCACGCACCCAGACCACCUUCUUCAGCACGGACUUCGACAACCACGAGUUCCACCUGCCCAAACAGGUCAAGGUGCUGAACGUGAAGAAAGCUUCCACAGAAAGGAUCACCAGCAAUGCAUCAUCUGACCUCAUGAUCAAAGUUGACGGUAAGGCCAUCGUCCGGGGCAACGAGGGCGUGUUUAUCAUGGGGAAGACUGUGGAGUUCCGGAUGAGCGGAGACAUAGAGCUCAAAGCUGACAACAGCAUAGUUCUGAACGGCUCGGUGAUGUUCAGUCCGUCCCGCAUCCCCAACAACUCGCUGGGCAGCGAUCUGUACUUUGACGAAGGCCUGGAGAGAUACAAGCUGUGCAUGUGUGCCGACGGGACACUGUUCAGAGUGCAGGUCAAAUACCACAACAUGGGCUGCCAGACCUCGGACAACCCCUGUGGAGCGGCGCACUGAUCUAUGGGGAAUACCACUGUAAAUGUGCACACACACAAACACACACGUCACAGAUAAAAGCUAACCUAUAUGGAGGUAACUCAAGGGAUAGUUGUGUACGUCAAUGUGCUCACAUUCACUUUUUUUGUUUUUUGUUUUUUUUGUUCUGUCCGUGGUCAAAAUGUCGUAAAAGUGUAAGUCACACCUGCUCGCAGACCUUUCUGCCUUAUGAUGCGUGUAAAUCACUCGCACGUGUCGAUCUUGCUGUCUCUCAGACUCCCACAUACACUCACAUACAUCAAUUUUAUAAUCACAUAUAACUAAUCAAACGCACUACAGAAACACUCAUCUUUUGAUUUUUAUUCUAGAAUAAUUUAGCCAAAGAGCUGCCUGUAAUUUAUCACUAGGUUCCCUAGAUGUGGUACAUAAUUAUAAUUUUUUAAAUGAAGGAUAAUGAAGUUCUGUUCGAUGUUUUUCUAAGUGGCACUAUUAAAGCGGUCAUUGCGGACCCUUGCAGAGCGAUACAUUAUAAACACACAUAAAAUCCACAGUUUCUUCAGAACACACUGUGUCAUCAAACUGGAAUUACCUCUGCCAUGUUCUUGAAUUAAAUCCAUCCAGCGGUGAGGUGUGGCAGUAUUUUCUGUUAUCCAGCCACUUCCUGACAAAUAUGGUCUGUGUCACCAGCCCAGGACACUGGGCUUGGUGAACUGGAAUCCAGACAGCACAAGGGACUAUAACCCCCCUAUAAUAUCCAUACCAUUUACUGAGUUUUUAUAUAGUCAUAGACUCUACAUGGCAAAAUGUGUGGAGGCAAGACUUUAAAAAGAAAGCUUUAGUUUGUUUGUUAUUUUACUCUUGAGAUGUGUUUUUUUUUUUCUCACUGAUUGGAAAAGUUCUUUCAAUAGAAAGUCCUCCAUGAUCGAAGACCUGCAGGCUCUGGGGUCCUCACCACCUUGCUCUGCCUGUCUAAACAUUUCUCAUCAGGUUUUGAAGUAUUUUUUCUGUUGCAUUUUAAAGGUCUGUGUACUCCUCACUGUGGAGAGUCACUACGUUCAUACUUUUGGCCUGUAGUGUAGAUGUCCUUUUGGCCUGUAGUUUAGUAGUUCUUUGGCAGCUGUACGUUUGAGUUCUCCUAUAUGUCAUUUAGAACAACAUUUCAGUUCAAUUUCACAAGGAGAAAUUUAACAGCCUGUAAUGUAUUAGCAAUAUGGGGACAUACUGUCUUUUACAAUAUGCAAAAAUGAAAACGUUGAAGCUGUUAUGUGUGAAAUUCUAUUUAAAAUAUAUUGUUAACACUAUAAUAUUUUUUCAAAUAGUGCUGUGUGAUUGUUUUUGUUUCGUGCAUCUCUGGCCAUGUUACUAUACAUCAUAACAUCUCACCACUGCCAGGGCUUCAUGUUAUUUACAGCUGUUACUUUUAGCCAUAAACACUGAACUGGGAUAAGAGUAGACAAACAUCUCCACCCUAUACCACUUGCAAAGGUCUGUCACCCCACAGAUCCCAAGUCAUUUGCCAGUGGCGAUUGAUACUGAUGUGUUACAUAUUUAUCUAAACUGUCCGGCAUUGUAAGUGCCCAGAUAAAUAUACUUUUUCAGAGUGCCAUAUGAUUUUCAAUGUGUAUUACAUAUAGGCUGCUAAAAUCAGCCAUAGAUGGAAUUGGGUUAAAUGAUGUUAUUUUUAUCAGCUGAUAUUAUAUGAGCGUGUGUUGUGAUUUAAAUAAUAUCUUUUGAUAAGAUGAAAAUAGAAGGUGUUUGAUAUGUUUGAUUUGCCUGUUCUGUUCUGUGCAAUAUAACACAUUAAUUUGGG